AUGAGCAAAAGAAGAGCAGACCAGGAAGAUUCGGAGCCUGAUAUUGAACUGAGUUCAACCGAUAGUGAAGACGAAGAAAUGAACGAGGAGGGCGAAGAGGAUGGAGAGGAGAUGGUCAACGUUGAUUUUGACUUUUUUGAUUUUGACCCCAUUGACUUUCAUGCUACGAAAAACUUUCUGAGACAGAUGUUUGGAGAUGACUCCAUCAAGUUUGACAUAUCUGCUUUUGCAGACCUGAUUUUGAGUAACAGCCACGUUGGAACCACUAUCAAGACAGAGGGUAAGGAGAGCGAUCCUUUUUCUAUACUGUCAGUUGUGAAUUUGAAUGAAAACCUGUCGAAACAAUCAUUCAAGACUUUGGUGCAGUAUUUGUUUGAGAAAACCUCCAAAACUGCAGAGUUCAGCAUGACUCUGAGACAAUUGCUCUCUUCAGCCUCGAAGUUCAAGACUGGCUGGAUCGUUAGUGAAAGACUCAUCAACAUGCCUGUUGAGACCACGCCUCCCAUGUACAAAAUGUUACUAGAAGAGAUCGAAAAUUCCAAAAAUAACAAGGAGCCAUUUGAGUUCGACUAUUUUUUGGUGAUCUCCAAGGUGUACAAACUGGUGGCCUCUGCCACUGAUAAGGCCCUCGAGGAGGACCAGAAGAAGAGCAAGAAGUCCAAGAAACAGGGCGAGGAAAUUCCAGAACUGGACUACUUCCAUUACGAAGAUCAAGUCUUGGAAGAAAAUUCCUUAUUCCAUGGAUACUUCAGCUAUACCAACCAGUCUCAAGAGACCGAUUCCAGAAGGGUGUUCAAUGACUAUGGAAUCGAGCCCAAGCUGAGUGUUAUACUUCUUACGAAAGAUAAGUUGGCACUAGCUGCUACUCAGAUGGCUGAAAAAUUUCCUCCAUAUUAG